AAGACGAUCGGGGGAGAGAGCGAUUUUAAGAAGCGGCGGCUCAAGGUUGGGAAAAAGGUGCGAAAGCACGCGAGCGAGACGGACGCGACGAUCCGAGCGAAAUCGCUGCGGUUGACGACGCAAAACGUGCGCACGGUCGAUGCGGGGGGGGACGCGGUCGUGAGCUCGCGCGGGACGCCGUUGAAUGAGUUGUUGAAUCAAUCGGAGCACUACGCGUCGAGGACGCGCGCGGAGGCGUUGCGAGGGAUAUCGGAGAUUGCGAAAAAGGCGCCGCGCGCGAUCAGGGAGCGGGCGAGUGAUGUCAUCGAACGAGUCGGUGAGCGGUUGGCGGACUUGGACGCGGAGUGUCGUAAGGAGGCGAGGGAAUGUUUGAGAGGCGGCGUCGCGCCGGCGCUCGGUGAACGCGGGUUGGCUCCGUUCGCCAGGACGUUGAUUUUGUACGCGGGGGCGGCGCUGACGCACGUGCAGGAUGGCGUACGAAGGGAUGCACCGGCGGCGUUGGACGCGUUGCUCGGCGCGGCGCCGACGCUCGUGGUGGCGCACGCCCCGGCGAGCACGCUUGGGCACUUGGGAGAGUUGCUACGAAGAGGCGACGACGGGGGCGUCGGCUCAGGGACUUCGACGCGACGAGGAGUCGGUUCACAGAAGCCAAAAGCGAGAUUAGCGCUCUUGAGGAGUUGUCGCACGUUUUUGGAGAUUUUGGUGGACUCAAACAGGGCUUCGUCCUCGAGCGCGGAGUCGUCGGCGGAUUCGACGACAUCAACCUUCGUGUGGGGCGAAUCCACCGUUCACGGAUCGGCGACGCGUUCGAUCGGGCCUUUACACGCCGAGCGCGCGCGGCGAGCACCAGCAAGUAUGUUCGCUGCGCAAGCGUCGGCGACCGCUGGGGAGACGAUGGAGACUCCAGGCGACGUCUCUGGCGAGGGACCGCUCGCCGUGCGAGCAAACGCUAGGCGUAUCGUCGACUUGACCAUGUGCGUGUGGGACGACGCGUCGCAGACGUUGUCCGACGAGCGCGGUGUGGAUAUCGAACGUGUGCGCGUGAUGACAGAAUCAAUGGCUUGUGCGAGACUCGCACUCAAGCUCGCCGACGACACGUCUACGGCGAUCGAGUUCGGCGAUUCGGAUCGUGCGUCAGCCGCGGUGGACAUCAUGCCAGAGAUCGCCCGCCGCACGCUCUGCGCGUUCCCAUCGAUCGCUCCGGUGAGUGUUGUGGAGAAACAGGAUCCAGCUCGGGUGAACGAUGCCUUGGUGAUCCUGAACUUUGAGACAUGUCGCUUUCUCGUUGCCGCCUCAAUGACAGUUGCGAACGUUGCGCUCGUGCGCCACCUCGCACCGGGAACGAUGGAGGCACUUCCACACGUGCUCGCGAGAGCGUUGCAGUACGUGACGCACGCACUUCAUGGCGUCGUCUUGGAUGGAGGUGCCGUCGGUGAAGGCGUACAAACUCCAGAAGAGGCGUACGAAGACGUCAUGAUACUGGCGCGCGAUGCCCUCGCGCUUCCUACGUGGUGUUUCAGCGCGAGUACUACUGGUACUGCGUGUGCGGAACUCGUGAGCGCCGUUACGACGACAUGGGACGCCGCUGUUGCGAACGAAGACGCCGAGCGCAUCGUUCAAUGCGUCUCGUUGUUGACGGCGACUUUGCCGGAAGAGGCUCGUCAGGGAUACACUCGGAUCCCGAUCGAAGCCGUCGCGGGGUGGGUUCGCCAUAUCCCUCGCGUCCUUUGGUUCUUCAAGCAUGAAAAUCCGACGGAGACGGAGAGUUUACUUUCAUUACUUCAUGACAUCGCGGCAAGAAACCCUCCUGGAUCACCUCUCGCGGAUGUUCUAUCGAUGUGUGAGACAGAGAUUACGGUGUUGUUCUUCAUGAUGCCGCCGGCGGGAUCACCCGAGGGGGCAAAAUCGCGUCCCGGACCGUUCGCACGUUUGCCAUUCCCGCUUCAGUGCUCGGCUGUCCGUCUUCUUGGCGUCUUACCAACGCUGACAGCUCCUACAGUGAGAGCUCUUGCGAAGAUUUGCCUCGACGUCGAUCGAGUGAACGAAGAGCUCUCCGUGAUUGCCGUUGAGGCGUUGCAAACGAACCCGAUCGCGGCUCCGUUUGAACUCGUGGUCUCGUUCUAUGCAACGCUGCUAGUCGGCGCGUCUGGGGUGAAGUUUCUCGAAAAGUCGAGCAAACGCAGCGUCGAGGAGGUCGAGCAAAAAUCUUGGCUCGUCUCACGCCGAGUCUCUCCCGUCGCCGCCGCGGCGCUCGUAUCGCUCAGCGAUGCCGACGCACCGUGGACCGGCGCAUCCUUGGCGUGCGCAACGCUUCGAGCGGUGUGGACGAAUCGCGUCGAAAAGGGAGACAUCGACGGAGCGACGAGAACAGCAGGCGGUUUCGUGAGCCUCUUCGCAAGCUCAGCCGAGCUCGCGGAUUCCGUCGGUUUCAACGCCUUGGACGAUGACGAUCUCGCAUCCUCCGCCCCAGAUAUGUUCGCGUGGUUCAUUCUUCACGGAAAGAGUGAUCACGGCGUGAACGUUGACGUCGCAUGGAGAGCGCUUCAGCUUACCUCAACACGAGCGUUGCUCGGUUCCAUCGCGAACGCGGUGGCGUCGAUGUCGUCAUCCUCGGCAUCCCUUUGCGACAACGCCACCUCGUUCAUGACGCGACUGCUUCGGAGCGACUUCAUUCGCACAAGUGGAUGCGAAAAGGGGUUACGCGACGCCGCUCGCUCGAUACAAGCGAGUUCGAGCGCGCUCGGCGGCGCCGGAUUGGCGCAAAAAGUUCGCGAACUGGACGCGGCGGUUCAAGUCGCAUUCGACGCGGCGGCGUGA